UUCCAGUGUUGUAAUUUUGAACAGUCACUAAACAAAUGUUUGUAAGUCAAGGACUACCUGUAUCUCGGGGAGAGUUUCAAGAUGCUGUUACCCAAGUUUUAUCUCUGUCUCAUCUUACACUAAACAGUAAUGGCAGGAUUGCUUUGAGUUUCUUUCUCACACUUCAUUCAGCCUCUGAAUUGUGUAAUCUUUUCUGCAAGUUCCUCCUUAACAGUUAUUUCAUAUAUUUCCCCAAGGUGCUUUCCAUAUUCCUUUACAGAGGAGAAAGGAGGUGGGUCAGGGACCUUUGCUCUUCCUGCUUUUCCUUUGAAUUUGAUCUGCUGGAUGCUUUUGCCCGUCAGCUUUCAAGUCUCAUAAAAUAUGGCAGCUUGCAUUUGAAGAGUUGGACAUGCUGACUUAGUGCCGUAGGCCUUUUCAAAUCCGUGCCUCUGUUAUCCAUCUCAUGCCUGUUCUUCAAAUUCUUCAUCGUUCAAGGUGGUGAAAGGUUUUCCAAACAUCUCUUGAGAUUCUCAAUGGCUUCUAAGAAGUCGGGGUCUGAUUUUCACGGGCUGGUCAGCUACCUUGAUGAUGUUCCAUUUAAGAUAGGAGAAAAGUUCAGAAGACCCGCCAAAGUUGGCUUGCCCAUUGGUUUCUAUUUGCCAGAAUCUCUACAAUUGAUAAGCGAAGCCCAGUAUGACUUCUCACUGGAAAAGAAAACCAUCGAGUGGGCUGAGAACAUUAAAAGAAUACAAGCCGUCCAGGAAGAAUCCGAGCGGAAAGCAAAGGAGGCCCUAGCCAACGUGAAGGGGGCCUCGGAGGAGCAGCUCUCCGAGGGUCGUGGUCCAGGGGCUGCCCUGCCCCUCCCCAUCAACCCCAUCCUGGCCGGCAUGCAUCACAACUCCAUCCUUACUCCCACCCCAGCCAACAGCAGCGCUCUGAAGCAGAAAGUCUUGAGCCCCCCUCACACCAAGGCCGACUUCAACCCGGCAGACUUUGAGUGUGAAGAAGACCCUUUUGACAAGCUGGAGUUGAAGACCUUAGAUGAUAGGGAAGAGCUGAAGAACAUCCUUCAGAUCCACGUCGACGCCACGGGGCCCCUCGUCGCCCAGCUGCUCGACCACAGCUUGCCCAAAGGGGCAUCUCAGUCGGUUUUGCAAGACCAGGAGGUCUUGGCCUCUCUGGAAAGGGUGACUUUGGACCUCAAGCCCCUGCACAAACCCAACGGCCUCGUGGCCUUGCCUCAGCUGGGCGGGCACGAGAAGAUGUCUCUGUCGUCCAAAGGGUCCCUCUCGCCCGUGACGUCGGUGAGCAACAUCAAAUCCCUCUCCUUUCCAAAGCUGGAUCUGGAUGAGAGUGACCUGCAGACGGGAAGGCUGGCAAACGCCUACCGUACACACAACGGCACUCUCCUCGGCUCUUUACCGGACAAAGCCAAUGAACUGAAUGGACAUCACGUGAUCGGGGUUUCUACCUUCGGUGCGGACCCUGGCCUGGACCCUCGAACAUUAUCCUCCGGUUCCAGAGGUCCUUCCCAGCCCACCUCCGUAGCAUGUACAGAAGACAUUCCGGUCCUCACUACAAGCACAGCGGUAACUCACCAAACUUUCCCGGCCUCCCAAGUGCCCAAGACCACCAGCAGCUGUGCAAAAGGGCCCGGCAACUUUGCCUAUGGGGAGGUGCUGCAGGCCCUGUCCUCCAGCGAACGAGAGUAUCUUGAAAUCGUCGUGGGCAUGGGCUACUCUUACGAAGAUGUCUUAAGAGCGAUGAAGAGGAAGGGGCAGAGCAUAGACCAGAUUCUGGAAUACCUGGUUGUCCGGGGGCAACUCUGCGAGAAGGGCUUUGAUCCGCUCCUGGUAGAAGCUGCUCUGGAAAUGUAUCAGUGCUCAGAAGAGAAGGCCACCGAGAUUCUCCAGCUCAUGAGCAAAUUUCAAGAAAUGGGAUUCAAACUGAAAGACAUUAAAGAAGCUUUGCUAUUACACAACAACGACCAAGACAACGCCCUGGAAGAUUUAAUGACCCGAGCGGGAGCGAGCUGAAAACGCGAGCAGGGCAGCCCCCUCGCUGCUUCUGGCCACCGGACCCUGCCAUCGCCAGCUGGGUCUGUCUGGUGCUGCGGGAAGGAUUAUGCCACGAGGAUCCUGGGUUCGAGAUACUGUCGCAGCCGAAAGAGCUGGUCCCUUGCCAUGCCCUCACUCUGGUCAGCUGUGCCCGCCCACCCAAAAGAGAGUCCAAACUGCUUUCUUCGAUUAAAGUUUUAAGUGCCCUUCCCCACGUUUCUUUCUUUGGAUAGGCCAGAGACUCUGGACUGAGUUGUACAGAUGGUGUCAGGCUAGUUUUUAUCCUCCCGAUACCCACCCACCCCCAUUCUGUCCCUGACACACACACACACACACACACACACACACACACACACACACACACACUCUUCCCAGUCCCUUUGUACCGGACUCAGAGAAGCAUCAACCCGACUCUUGACAACGAACUGCGCUUGAGUUCCUUACAACUGCUGUCAUUUGUGUGCCUGCUCGUACCGCAACAUUUGACUCUUUUUAAUCUGUUCGAUAGAAGUGCAAUGGAAGAGUCAGUUUUUACUCAAGGUGGGGAGGGCCAAAAGGAGGAACUUAGUAACUUAGUGCAACACUGGUUCACUAACGGCUGCUUACACGCCCCAGAGAGAAACGGUACGGAUUUCUCAGGCGCGGCGGCCCUGGCUGCUCAUGAGUGUCUGCCAGUUCUGCCCCCCCCCCAAAAAAACUCAGAUAAUAAGCUGUGAAAUCUUUUGCCCCUCAGCUUUUCUGUCUAUCUGACCCAGGAGUUUUUGGAUCUGUCCUGCCUGAGCUGGUUGAGAUCCUGUUUAAGCCACGUCCUUCUGGAGAAAUGAAGUGACUGUCAGUUUUUAUCAUAACCGUGUGAAAUUGAGGGGGGUCUGUCUCUCAAGCACUUUCUUUAUAUAAUAUUUACUGCGUUGGUUCAGUUUUUUUUCUCUCUCGCAGUUAUAAUUAUUAAUCUAGUCUAGGAACGAGACUUUGGGUUUUGAUAGCAAAAAAGUAUUGCAUUGUACAUGUUUAAAGAUUUAAAUUCAUAAAUAUAUAUAUAUAUAUAUAAAAGCAGUCUUGAACCUCGGAAGUAAUUUGCUAAGUAUUUUGGCUCUGCAGAAAGAUAACUAAUAAAAAUCUUAAAAUGUG